AUGGGUGCCAGUCAAUCCGCAAAUACUGGCGGAGGAGCCGCUGACGUCGAGACGAAGACCAGUUACUACGAACUUCUCGGGAUUGAAAAGCAAGCAACUGAAGACGAAAUCAAGAAAGCAUAUCGCAGAAAAGCACUCGAAUUACAUCCCGACAGAAACUAUGGAAAUGAAGAGUCUGCCACCAAAACUUUUGCCGAGAUUCAAUCCGUGUAUGAAAUCCUCUCAGAUCCCCAAGAGCGAAGUUGGUAUGAUAGCCAUGAGCAAUCGAUCUUGCGCGGCGACGAUGGCCGUCAAGACGACUCCGGAGCAUUCGCUGCUCCGUCCGGCGUGACAACUGCAGACGAUCUCACAAGACUUGUGAGAAAGUUCAAUCGUAAUGUGGAGUUUACCGAUUCACCUUCUGGAUUCUUCGGCUUCAUUCGUGAAACUUUCGAACAGCUUGCAAAGGAAGAAAUGGCCGCUGCAUGGGAGAAUGGAGAUGCAGUCGAGUAUCCUACAUUUGGCCACAAGGAUGACGAUUAUGGAGAUGUUGUCAAGAGCUUUUACGCUGCAUGGUCGAGCUUCUCCACUUCCAAGUCAUUCUCCUGGGAGGACAGAUACAGAACGUCAGAGGCACCGGAUCGAUUCGUUCGAAGGCGUAUGGAGCAGGAAAACCUACGAUUGAGAAAGGAUGCUAAGCAGGAAUUCAAUGAUGCCGUGCGAUCGCUCGUGGCGUUUGUUCGAAAGCGAGAUCCUCGCUAUGUACCCAACACUCAGACUGAAGAGGAGCGCCAGAAGACUCUCCGAGAAGCCACAGCGGCGCAGGCGGCGAGAGCAAGAGCUGCGAACGCCGCCAAGAUGAACGAUGAAGUACCCGAAUGGACGAAAAUCCGAGAUCCGGAAGAGUUGGAGGAGAGCGAAGAGGAAGAAGUUGAUGAAGAGGUCAUUGAGUGCGUCGCAUGUUCGAAAACUUUCAAGAGUGAAAAGUCGUGGCAAGCGCAUGAGAAGAGUAAGAAGCAUCAGAAAGCUGUCCGAUCUCUUCAGCACAGGAUGCGGAAAGAAAAUGCUCAUCUCGAUCUUCCCGGGAGUGAUGAAGAGAAUGGUGUCGUGGAUGAGGAGGAUUUCGAACUGAUUGACGACGUGGAUGGUGAGGAGCAAGAUCCAGAUCCAACUGCGAACGGCCAUUCUCAUCGUCAAGAUGAGGAGACGCAAGAUCAUGAUGAUAUCAACGAGCAUACCAAUGGCAGUGCUGCUCCGGAAGAAGUCGAAGCAGAAAACACGCCAGUACCCCAAAAUAAACCCACCAACUCUCCCGAAGACGCAGAAUCCGAAGACUCAGACUACGCCCCGAUCGAAUCAAUCCAAGCUCGCAUGCAGUCCGUAGCUCUAGAGAACUCCACCGAGCUUUCCGAAAGCGAACCCACUACCAAAGUCGAACCGAAAAUGGGAAAGGCAGCACAGAAGAGAGCGAAAAGAGCUGCGGCAGCUGCGGCGGCGGCAGAACCGGGUGAACAGUCUGCAGCUGAUGCAAGCGCGACGUGUGAAGUUUGUAAGGAAAGCUUUGCUUCUAGGACUAAGCUUUUUCAGCAUGUUAAGGAUAAGAAUCAUGCUGCGCUUAAAUCUGCUGUUGGGGGGAAGGGGAAGAAGGGGAAGGGGAAGCGGUAG